AUGGCUGUAUAUUGCUAUGCCUUGAAUAGCCUGGUGAUGAUGAAUAAUAGUAAUGUGAAGUCGGGCAGCGUGACAAAGACUAGCCCUAGCUGCCAGAGACCUGUUUUGCCAGUUCCAGACAGGAAAAGCACCUACUUUCCAUUGUUGGGGAGUGCGAUACUGCCACCUUAUAGCCCAGGACCAUCAAGUCCUUCGAGCUCUCCCAAGACCAAAAACACAUCUUUCAUUUUUCCUGAAAAUGCAAAAGAACGAUCCACUGCAAGAAGCCGUAGCCCAAGUUGGAAUGGCAGGGAUGGACAGACACCGAAAGCUGGAAGGUGCCCUUCCCCACUUCGGUUACCGGGCUAUAAUGUGGGAGAAGCAGGCUCACGCUCGGGAAUCUUAUCAGGGUUUGGACAGGGCAAUGGUUCAGGGACAUGGCAGUUAGAAUCAGAAGAAAAAAGACGUUUAGCUCGGAUACAACGUGAGCUUCAGAAUGUACAGGUGAACCAGGUUGUGGGACUUUUUGAAGCUCACAUUCAAGCCCAAAAUAGCCCACUUUCCCCAGGACUCCGAAGUCCUAGAUUUGGAAGUCGAUCCCCAUCACCAUUAAGGCGAACGUGGGGAGAAGAAAACAUUUUUUCCUUUGUCCACAAUUCAGGCCGCAAAGUGUCUUGUUCUAGUCAGGAUGGACUUUCAGUGGUUCCUACAUCUCAAUCCUUGGUCCCCAGUGUAGAGAAGGAUGUAUCAGUAGCUAUAAACUCUGUGUCUACUGGGCAGCAAUGCAACACUUCUCCACAGGAGGAAUCAACUAAGACUAACUCACUUACCAUAGGAACACCAGGACCUAUUCCCGCUGUCAUCAUUACGGACCACGGGGAGGAUGGGGAAGGGCAGGUGGAGAGUAAUAGUUUGGGUAUCAAUCCAACAUCUCUUCCAAGGAAGCUGUCAUCCUCCUCAGCUUCCUCUACUGGUUUUUCAUCCUCCUGGGAUGAGUCUGAGGAUGAUGUGUCAAGUGAUCCUGAACGCUCUCUGGAAAAGAGCCCUCCUUUCCUUCAGACUAUUGAACAACCAAAGCCUCGGGUGGUAAGUACUUUGCACUUUUUCUUGUAUGCUUAA